AGUGUUAAGCAUAGAGGUGGGUUUAGUGCAUUCACAUCAGCAUCACAUCAGAGAGAAGAAAUGUUUGUCCUUGUCGCUUGCAUGUUGCUCCUCAUUGUCCAGUCAAGUCAUGGCUCUGAGAUUAUUGGUGGGAAAGAAGUGACGAACCACUCGCUGCCCUACAUGGCUCUGCUGCAAGGAGCCAAAAGUGCAUGUGGAGGGAUACUCAUUGAUCCAAGUUGGGUCCUGACUGCUGCCCACUGUGCUCACAUUAAGCAUGUGUAUCUGGGGGUACACUCCAUCAGAAACAGGAAAGAAGAGUCCUGGCAGGUCAUCAAGGUCAAGAACUUUCCUCAUCCCUGCUUUGAUAGAGAAGAUAAGCUCAAUGACCUCAUGUUGCUCAAGCUUGAAACACCAGCGAAGAUAACCAAGACGGUGAAACCUCUCCGGUUGGGUAACACUGUGAAAGAACCAGCAGCUAAGACCAAAUGUCUGGUGGCUGGAUGGGGAAAAACUGACAAAAGUGCAAAGAGUGGAUCAGAUGUCUUGAUGUCUGCUACUGUGACUGUGAUCGACAGAGUGAAGUGCAACAAAUGUUACAACUUUAAUCCUGCUAUCACCAAGAGCAUGAUAUGCGCCGGUUCAGAUGGUAAAAAAAAGACCGAUACCUGUCUGGGGGAUUCAGGUGGUCCACUGGUGUGCAAUGAUGUGCUAGUCGGAGUCACUUCUUUUGGAAAAGGGUGUGGCGAUGUCAAGUAUCCUGGAGUUUACUCUUUUCUCUCAGAAAAACAACUGAUCUGGAUCAAAAAUACCAUGAAUGCACCUAAAAUACAAUGAGCCCUCCCUGUUCAUUAUUUUGUAUUCUUGACCAAGUUAACUAUUUUAACUGCACCUAUCUCUGAUCUUAUGCUACACUCUAUCCUCAUUGCUAUACUGCAUUGUUACAAAAGAGUUUGGAGGGGGGUGUUUUUUUUUAGAGCAGAGGUAUAAGAAAUGUAUUGAACUUUGAGUUUAACUGAUCUAAGCCGCAGUUGUUUGCUGGCUAACUAACAUCAUCAUCAGUUCUUGUGUUUCUAUUUUCCUGCUUAAUGCAAAUAUAUAACUACUGGUUUGAGCACCUCUUAUCAUUAUCAAUGAUCCUCUGUUGCCGUAAAACCAGGAUAACGACAAUGUGAUUUUUUUAAAAAGCUGAAUUUGAAAGAUUAAGAUUCAGAUGAAAGCCGAACAUCAGAGUGACACCAGUCACCCUCUCAACCAGACAGAUCGACCACUUCGUGCAUCGGAAGCUUCAAGUGACAUUGAGGUUUCAGCUCAAGUCUUGUGAAAUAUUUUGUGAUGAACAUUUUUCUCAGGCAUGCAUUAUUAUUAUUUCAUUAUUACUGCUUAACCCAGGUUUGUGUUUCAGUUCUCUGGUUUCAGGUUGCAUGUAAAGCAAACAUUAAAAACCUUUGAUGCUCCAUCA